AUGGGGCCCCCGGGCACUAGGGGGUCAUGGGGCCCCUGUGUCCUUGCCCACACUCAAAAAAAGCCUAUAAAAAUGUACCAGGGGCAUUUCAUGGGGCCCCCUACUGACCCCGGGCCCUUGGGCAGUGUCCAAGUACUUGAAUGGCCAAAGGACAAGUGAUUAAAGGGCAGGAGCGGACUGACAACUCAUGGGGCCCCCGGGCAAUAGGGGAUAAUGGGGCCCCUGUGUCCUUGCCCAAACUCAAAAAAGCCUAUGAAAAAGGUACCAGGGGCAUCUCAUGAGGCCCCCUACUGACCCCGGGCCCUCGGGCAGUGCCCGAGUUUCCAAAUGGUCAGUCUGCCCCUG